GAAGCAACUCAGCCCUGCAAAGGCCAGGCAGCAGUGAACACCUUGGGCUGCUGGGGAUCCCCUUGCAAAUCCAAUGGAGGAAAUGGAGACCAAGCUCUGCAGCACUGACAAAGAGGAAGAUUUGAAAAGAGCUUUGCCCUACUGCUUAGGAGAAAUAGACUUCACAGCUUCUGGGAAGAAACGUGGGAAGUUCAUUAAGGUCCCAUGUACCAUUCAUCCUGGAAUCAUCUUUGAAGUUCUGCUCAACAAAUGGAAGAUCCCAGCUCCCAAUUUGGUUGUCUCCUUAGUAGGGGAAGAAGAAAAUUUCCAGAUGAAGCCUUGGCUACAGGACACCUUAAAAAAGGGCCUUACAAAGGCAGCUCAAAGCACAGGUGCCUGGAUUUUUACCAGUGCUUUACGUGUGGGAAUAACAAGACACUUGGUGCAAGCAGUUCGGGAUCAUGCACUGGCCAGUACAUCCUCCAGUGUAAGGGUGAUUGCCAUAGGAAUAACUUCACUCAGGAAAAUCCAGCACAGAGAAAUUCUGGAAAACACAAAGAAUGAAACUCUUGUACACUACCAAUCAGAUGAUAACAUCCAGGGCCCACUGCGUUCCCUGGACCACAACCAUUCCCAUUUUAUUUUGGUGGAUGACUUGGCACCAGCUGAGCCAGAUGGGACCACGAGGCUACGUCUCACCUUGGAAAAGUACAUUUCAGAACAGAGGACUGGAUAUGGGGGAACUGGUAGCAUUGAAAUCCCUGUGCUUUGCUUACUGGUAAAUGGAGGACCAGGCACGCUUGAGAGAAUUUGCAUCGGUUUGGAGAAUUCUGCUCCCUGGCUUAUCCUGGCAGGAUCUGGAGGUACAGCUGACAUCUUAGCUGCCUUCAUAAAUGACCCACAGCUUCUCAUGCCAGAAGCUGUUCAAGAGCAAUUUAAGGAGAAAUUCCCUGCAGAAAGCUUCUCGUGGAAGGACAUUCUCCAGUGGACAGCAACGAUUCACAACAUUAUUUCACACCAAAAUCUCCUAACUCUGCACAACUUUGAGCAAGAUGGUUCAGAAGAAUUUGACACAGUCAUUUUAAAAGCUUUAGUAAAAGCCUGUAAAAGUCAGAGCCAGGAGGCUCAGGAAUACCUGGAUGAACUGAAGCUGGCAGUGGCUUGGAACAGAGUGGACAUAGCUAAAAGUGAAAUAUUCAAUGGUGACGUGGAGUGGAAGUCCUGUGACCUGGAGGAAGUGAUGAUGGAUGCUCUGGUCAAUGACAAACCAGAAUUUGUCAAAUUAUUUAUUGACAAUGGGGCUAACAUAGCCGAAUUCCUGACUUACAGUCGUCUGCAGAGACUCUACUGCUCCAUUUCUCAGAAAUGCCUCCUCUAUGAACUUCUAUUGAAGAAACAUGAAGAAAGCAAGCUGACCUUGGCAGGGCUCACUGCUCAGCAGAAUAAAGAGCAGGAGAUCUGCCCACUCUUCACACUGAGUGAGGUCUCUCGAGUUCUCAAGGAUUUUCUCCAGGAUGCAUGCAAGGGUUUCUAUCAAGACUUCAUACAUGGAGGCAAGAAGAAAUGUGAUAAAAUGAAUGCAAAACGAUUACCUGGGCCUUUGGAUAUGAACCAGAAAACCAAAAAUCCUUGGAGGGAUUUGUUUGUCUGGGCAGUACUUCAAAACCGGCACAAGAUGGCAAACUAUUUCUGGGCUAUGGGACAGGAAGGUGUAGCUUCAGCUCUGGCAGCCUGCAAGAUCCUUAAAGCCAUGUCCCGUCUGGAAACAGAGACCAAAGUAGCACAAAUAAUGAAAGAGGCCAAGUAUGAGCAGCUUGCAGUUGGAUUGUUCAAUGAAUGCUACCACAACAGUGAGGAGAGGGCAUUUGCUCUGUUGGUGAGGAAAAAUCAGUACUGGAGCAAAACCACCUGCCUUCAGCUGGCUACAGAAGCAGAUGCAAAGUCAUUCUUUGCCCACGAUGGGGUCCAGGCAUUCCUGACAAAAAUAUGGUGGGGAGACAUGGCUACGAGCACACAGAUCCUGAAGUUAAUCUCUGCAUUCUGGUGCCCUUUCCUAAUCUACACAAAUUUAAUAGCAUUCAGUGAGGACCAACAAUCAAAGAAUGAGCCAGAACCAUUUAAAGAACUGGAUGGUUUAGAGACAGAGAAGACUCUGUUUUUUUCCAAGGAAGAAGAUAGAGGAAAUGGUAAAUUGGAAAAGCAGAACCCUUCUGAAAACACAGCAUGGGUGACGUUCAUAUUUACUCGGUGGAGGAAAUUCUGGAGUGCCCCUGUAACUGUAUUCACAGGGAAUGUUAUCAUGUACUUUGCUUUUCUCUUUCUAUUUACUUACGUCCUUUUACUGGACUUUAAACCACCUCCACCUGAGGGUCCCUCCACUACAGAAAUUACACUUUACUUCUGUGUUUUUACCCUGGUCUUGGAAGAAAUCCGACAGAGUUUCUAUACAGAUGAAGACACAAACUUAAUGAAAAAAUUUAAACUAUAUGUUGAGGAUAACUGGAAUAAAUGUGACAUGGUGGCCAUCUUCCUCUUUAUCAUUGGGGUAAUCUGCAGGAUGCUGAACUCCACUUUCCAAGCUGGCCGUACAAUCCUUGCCAUUGAUUUUAUGGUGUUUACACUUAGGCUUAUCCAUAUUUUUGCAAUCCACAAGCAACUUGGACCAAAGAUCAUAAUUGUGGAAAGGAUGAUGAAGGAUGUUUUCUUCUUUCUGUUUUUCUUGAGUGUGUGGCUCAUUGCCUAUGGUGUGACAACCCAAGCUCUUCUUCAUCCUGAUGACACCCGGGUGGAAUGGAUAUUCAGAAGGGUGCUUUACCGGCCCUACCUUCAGAUAUUUGGCCAGAUCCCACUGGAUGAAAUAGACACAUCACGGAUGUAUCCCAGGAACUGCACAUCAGAUCCACUGCAGACUCUGCAGGAGAACUUCCCAUCCUGUCCUAACAGCUAUGCCAACUGGCUUGUCAUCCUUCUGCUGGUCAUCUUUUUAUUAGUGACAAAUGUUCUCCUUAUGAAUCUCCUGAUUGCCAUGUUCAGCUACACUUUCCAAGUUGUUCAGGGCAAUGCAGACAUUUUCUGGAAAAUUCAACGUUACAACCUGAUUGUUGAAUAUCACAGCCGCCCAGCCUUGGCACCACCAUUUAUCAUCAUUAACCACAUCACUCUGGUUCUCAGAAGAAUCUUCAACAAAAUGGAACAUAAAAAAGAACAUCUGGAAAGAGAUCUUCCAGUUGGUCUAGAUCAAAAGAUCAUAACAUGGGAGCUGGUGCAAAAAGAAAAUUAUCUUGUGAAUCUUGAACAAGAAAGGAAAGAAAGCAAUGAAGAAAGGCUGAAGGCAACAUCUAAUAAGGUGGAUAAUUUGUCUAAAUAUUUUUCUGGAUUGAAAGAACAAGAAAAGAGGUUUAAAGUUAUGGAAGCUCAGAUUUGCUACUGUACAGCUGUGAUCUCUUCAAUGGCAGAGGUUUUAACCAAAAGCAACCUCCUGAGCAGCCAACCAGCUCCAAACUAUAAAUGUGUGAUGAGUGCCAACACCCAAGUGCCUGUGCCAGGAAGAGGUGAGAAAGAAGAGUGUGGGUAUCAGCCUGAGACUGACAUCACAUACAUUGAUCACUAAUAUUUAUUCUCAUUUCUUCAGACUAAACUUUUUGUUCUACUUUUAAGCUACUGUUGAAGUAAAAUUGUAAUAUUUUGAAAGCCUAAGGCCCAGCUUCAAAGCCUUUUUACCAAGCACUGUCAAUGUUUGACACUACUGGGGAUUUCUUGGUCCUUCCCUUUCAAUAUUUUGGUCUUUCCCCUUCAAUUUCUUGGUUCCUGCUCCUGUAUCACUUGAUCCUCCCUCCAAAGCUUUUCUGCAAACUGGACUAAAAGCUUUCUCCUCUAGGAUGGCUCUAGCCAGCUUAUUUUCUGAAUGCCUUCUGUUCUCUGAACACCAUCCCCUCAAUCCAGCAUCAGCACAAAAUUCCAUAUUUCUGUUCAAGGGAGUCUCCCUUUUGAGAGGUGACCAUUUACACACUAAAACCCAAGCCCCUUCCCUGAAAAGCAAGCUCAUGUUCCCUUUCCCAAGAAAGCAAGCUCAUGUUUCUGAGUUCUGAGGAAUCAAGAAACAGUUUCCACAGGAAAAGGCAUUGGAUAUUCUACUAUUACAAUCCAGAGAAUUCCUGGAGUUCUUACAAUCCUCAAACAAUUGCACUCACCAUCUUCUCAUCCCAUGCUGUGAGGUGUUCCUCUGCUGGUAUUCCUUGCUGAGGGCUCUUCACUUAUUCCCAAAAGCUGGAAUUCUCAUCCCAUGGUCUUCAGGUGGCUUUGCAGGGACACAGAGCAGGUGACCCUCCCACAGUCAGACCCCCAGCCUCUGUUCUUUUGUUUUAAUGCCAGAUCUCAGGUUGCUGCUGUUAAAGGAAACUUUGCCUUCAUCUAUCAUAGCAGACAGAACACCACCUCUGCUUCCUGAUUUCAUUUCACUUUUUUCUCACAAAGGUCAGGAAAAAUCUUUUUAAAAUAUUUUAAAGCAAGAAUU